AUGAGCCGUAAGAGUUCAUCCAACAGUUAUCUAACCAGCGAUGUUCCAGAUAUCAUUCGUGACAACACCUCCUCUAGACCCGGCACCUCCCGGAGUGCCGUCGGAACGACCCGUCAACAUGUGUACAUGCGGAGGAUUAGAAGCGAACCUUUAACUUUCAUUGAUGAAGUUUACGGAAGGUUCGUAGAUGAAGACGUCUUUGAGAAGCUGUUGAUUGAAUCUGGCCUAGAAAACUUCCUGUUAUGCGACUUGUACAAUCGGCUAGAGGAAGAUGUCAUGCGAGGAACCAAAGACCACGUCGUGUCUAAAGAGGGACGAGUGGAUGCUGAGAUCCUGUGGCAGCUGACUCUUAGAAUAGCAGUCGAUUUAGCCGAAAGCUGCUCCAUUUUUUCAACCAUCACUCUGGUGUUGCUUUUGGCCGAAGUUAGAUACCUUCUGUCCAGUAGAGGGGAAGUAAUGGAGGAGAAUGUGAGCAUGGGUAGGAAGAUGGAACAGAUGCGUGAACACAUUGAGCACAUAGUGGAGGAUGGGAGGGGACUGGAACAGUCGAUGGAAGAAGAAACUGCCAAAAAAAUAAGAUUACUGGAAAAAUAUUACUGCGAUCAACUAAAGAAGCAAGAAGAGGAGUUCCAGGAAUCGACGUGUUCUCUGAAGCAGUUUUGGCUGGAGUCGCAAAAGCAACAAGAAGAAGAAAUUUCCAGAGCCCAUUUGAAGCUUACCAAAAGCAACCAAGCUGUGAAAAGCUUGCAAAAGGUCAUCGAUAGCAAAGAAGAAAAACUACGUUGUUUAGAGCUGAAACUCGGCCGUUUUUGCAUAAAGAAGAAGAAAGAAGAGGAAGAAAAGGAGACGAAGGAGUCCGACUCGUCUGAACCGGAAUCGAAGAAAAAUCCUCCCCCUCUUGUGACACAGCGAACACUGAGCCCUGUUAUCAUCGGAGACGACGAAGAAGCGCCAAAAGAACAAGAAGAAACGCCGAGUGUAAAUAACGCAGAAGUGGACAGACUGCAGGCCGAGAAAGAUCAAAUGAGAGAAGAAAUGACAUCUCAGAUAGCGAAACUCAAAGAAGAGAAUUCAUUAUUACGAAGCGAACGAGAGAAGGAAAAUGAGAAACUCAGAGAAGAAUAUGAAAAGAAGCUCAUUGACAAAGAUGCAGUGUUCCGCAAAGAAAAGGACGAGGCUACGCGACGCUUCGCACAGGAGAAGCGAGAUCUGGAGCGGGGCUUGAGCGUAGACAUGGAGCGUCAACUAGCGGCAUUCCAAGAAAAAAAGAGGGAGCUUGAAGAAAAGAUGGAAUACGAAAAAGCGGAGUUGUGUCACACUUUUCAGAUGGAGCGUUCUGAUAUGGUGAGCAGUCAGAAGAAGGAGAUCGAAAAAAUGAAGGUGAUGUUUGAGGCCAAGAUGAUGGAACUGUCGGCUGAAAAUGACAAACUGAAGGAACAGCUCGACCAGGUGGAAGACAAGUUCAAAAUGUUGCGUAUUGAGACCGAGAAGAAGGGGUCAGGGUCAGGCGGCGGCAAAAGGGGAGGGGCCAAAGGGGAGCCUGAAAUACCCCCCGCUGUGCAAGUGGAACUGGUUGACCUCUCGAAACAGGUGAUGAAAUUGAGAGGAGAGAAAGAGAGUUGGGCCCGGAAGGAGGAGGAGCGGGAGGUGGAGUUGCAGAGACUCAGACAUCAGGAGCAGGACCUCAAGAUCGAGAAGGAGGCACUCGAACAGAAACUGGCCACGAUGGAGAAGCGAGUGCGAGAGCUGGACGAGGAGAGGGGGUCUCUGUCUACCCUGAAGAGUCAGCUGGUCCAGGAGGCGAGUGAGGCGAGGGUGAGUCAAGAGAAGGAGAGGACGAGGAUGGAGGAGGAGCACUCAAUUGUGAAGAGAGACAUGGAACUGCAGUUCAAAGAAGAGCUCUGCUGUCAGAAGGUCAAGUUGGAUGAGAUGGAGGUGAUGAAGAUGGAGUUGGAGCAGAAAGUAAGGGAGCUGGAAGACCAAAUCAGUCAGCUGCAGAAACACAAUCAACACACCACUCUACAGACUCAACAAGAGAUGGAAUCUUUCAAGGAACAUUGCUAUUUUCAAUCUCGUUCGGGAAUGGCAUGUAGUUCGACUUUUGAUGUAGUGUCUGGUGACUUGGAUCUGUGCGUAAACUUAAACAUCGAGAUGGCCAUUGUUCGGUUGCAUUGGGUUUCCUUUGCUGCGAUGCCAAGUCGUACUUUAAAUUCUUUGAGUGUAGUGACUGUUGGCAGCAUGUCAGUUCGUAACAUGACGUCGUGUGAACAGUGCAAAUCACGUUCUUUGGGUGUGAGGAAAUGA